GGUCUGUCUUGUUCCACCCGAUUUCGCAGAAAAGUCCAUCAAGGGGACGGUGAGCAGAGCACGUCAUGAUCGGACACUAUAAGUAGCAUCUGACUCUGCCCCGGCAUCUGUUUGUCUCCUCUGCAGUGGUUGGUGAAGCAUGUCUUCAGGAGGCGUCAAGACGACAGCAUCCCAAAAGAGAGCCUAUAUUUUUAUGCCUAAAUUACUUAUUGAUCGACUGGAAGAAAACUACCACCUGGAACAUGGACUGAUUGUCAAAGAGCUGAACCCUUGUUUAAAUGAAGGCUACCUCCAGGUGUAUUUUAAAGAGUGGGGCUCCAUCACAGGAUGCAAGGUGUGGAGAAACCCAGGGGAGCAGAAAUCCAUGGCAUAUUUGAGAUUUGCCACCAGCGAUGAGGCAGACAGAGCUGACUGGGCCGGUCCUCACAUCAUCGGAGGCACUGAAGUCCUAGUCAGGCGAGUUGUCAGUCCAAAGACUGAUAGUGAUGCGGACUUACUGCUCAAUGUUAAAGCCUCAUCUGCAAGACCUCAACCACGACGGUCCAUCUCCUUGGGAUACAUACUUGAAGAUGCUCAGUGGCUUGAUGAUAUUGUGGAUUAAAAAAGUG